UGGCGAUAGUGAAAAACAAACGCACACUAGCCUCAAUGUUUGCUAAAAUCAUGAUUCCAGUUGUGCUUUUUAGUUGCCUUUUGUUUACACCGUUACAGUCGGAAGCCAGGAUAAAUGACAGACCUAUUAUUGGUGUGCUGGCUCAAGAGGUCCGUUAUCCUACACCCGAUCGAACCGCCUACAUCGCUGCCUCUUAUGUCAAGUACCUGGAGUCAGCAGGAGCGAGGGUCGUGCCUGUCAUGAUUAACCAGACAGUGGAGGAGUACAAGACACUAUUCAACUCCAUUAACGGGAUCCUUUACCCAGGCGGAGGUGUUAGCAUCAUCGCCUCUGGUUAUCAAAGAGCUGCACAGAUCUUUUAUGACUUGGCUAUUGAGGCAAACAAAAGAGGCGACUAUUUCCCAGUGUGGGGCACUUGUCUUGGGUUUGAGCAGCUGGCCUAUUUGACAAGCAAAAAGAGUGUUCUGUCACCCACUAACACUACUGGAGUGGCGUUGCCUCUGAAUUUCACUAAUGAAACCAAAGACAGCAGGAUUUUUAAAGACUUCCCACCUGAACUCAUGGACGAUCUGUCAACUCAGCCGCUGACGGAAAACUCUCACAAGUGGAGCGUGGCGGUGGAGACUUUGAACACAGACGAGGAACUGAAGAAUUUUUACAAAGUUCUUUCCACAAACACAGAUGGAAAUAUUGAAUUUAUUUCAACAAUGGAAGCUUAUGAUUAUCCAAUAUACGGGACGCAAUGGCAUCCAGAAAAGAAUGCCUUUGAAUGGAAUAAGUCUUAUUAUCCACACUCACGAUCUGCAGUCAGAACCACCUUCUUCAUGGCAGAGUUCUUCGUCAAUGAAGCAAGGAAGAAUUUCCAUGCAUUUGAAACUCAAGAGGGGGAGAGAGACGCGCUGAUAUACAACUACAGUCCUGUUUACACCGGGGCCAUGAGCACCUUUGAGCAAAUAUACUAUUUCUGAUGUCUGUCUGUGCACUGAUGCUGUUUUAGCUGCUUAUUGAUUAUUUCAAUCCCAAGACAUGUGAAUGUUAACCAAAAUUGGACUUUUAAUGUGUGACGUAUAAUGUGCUUUUAUGAAAUUCAGAACUGCUGCUAACACAGACUCAUUCUUUUUUGCUGGUCAGCUACUCGCUUUAUGAGUGAGCUGUAAUCAGUCCUUCCAGAAAAACGCGAUUCAAUGCGUAAUCAAGCAAAUAGUGAACAUUAUGUGGGCGUCCGCAUUUUUUCAAAAAGGGCGCAUAUUCCCCACAAUAAUUGCAUAUUUCCACGCAAAUCCACAAAAUAUGUGGGGCUCACAUGAUUUCAUAAUCCCCGCAUUUUUCUGCAUAAAGUUGAACUAAAAUGCAUUGUAACUUGACAUGUGUAGUGAUGUAAUAUGUGAAGCGCACCAUCAUUAAAAGGUAAACUAACCGCAAACCUCACAAAAAUCCUGCAACAUGAUGAAAAAUGCAGCUCAUUUGUCUACAAAUAUCUACAAAAGACAGAGCAAACCAGUACCUGAUGUCCUACAGGAAAGCAGGGUCAUACUAUUUUACACCCAAUGCAACUGUGCGUCGGAACAUAAGAGAAAAUCGACGCUGGAGCCACUUUUCCAGCGUGAAAAAUUUAAAAUUGCUUCUGCAGCGAUAAUAAUGUUAUAUGAACGUAAAGGCUGUAAUAACCUUAAAACAGAUGGCCUGUUCUACCUCGUUGUUGUGAAAGAAGAAGCAAUUAUGUUAUUUUUGACACGAGUCAGAAAUGUUAGUCAUGUUUGAGCCAAGCUUAGAAAAUAAAGAACUAAAACAUAACCAGCACUUUCUGGGGUGUAGUGUAUGCUUUUCAUAGGACGUAAUUCGACAUUUUUCAUUUAGUAGUAGUUGAGUUAGAACAGGGUGUGGGAGAAGAAUGUUUUUUUUUUCAUUGAAAUACAUGUUUUUCCAGUUCCCACAUAUUUUUUUUCCAGAUUCCUGCAAUUUCACCGCAUUAAAUCACAUAAAAACCCUGCAUAUUUCAUUAUGUAAUCAAGGAUGUUUGCCUGCGUUUUUCUGGAGGGACUGUGUUUAAUGUCAGGGUCUGAAAAAGUGAAGCCAGUGUGGUGUCAGAAUCUGCAGUACCUUGAAUGUCCACUGGGGGCUCAGUCAGUCCCCAUAGACCAGGGGUGUCAAACUCAUUUUAGUUCAGGGGCCACAUUCAGCCUAAUAUGAUCUAAAGUGGGCAGGACCAGUAAAAUUAUAUAUAUAAUAGUAUAAGAACUUU